UAUUUCUCCACUGCGCGUCGGCUCAGUCGCUUGCGCUUCCUCAUCUUCCUCAUCUUCCCCCUCUCUUGCAUUUGCAUUUGCUCCCCGUCGUUUGAGUUGCAUCGGGGUUUUUCCAUGGGGAGGUCGACUGACAGAUCCGAAGGUCUAGCCGAUCUCACCAGCGUCCUCCCGGAGGAUCUGCUUCUGGAGAUCCUCGAGCGUCUUGGCUCCGCCCGCGCCGCCGCGGGCACCAGCCUCCUCUCCCGCCGGUGGCGCGGUCUCUGGACCCGGCUCCCCAGCCUCACCCUCAGCUUCCACGACGUCCCGUUCGGCUCGAUCCAGACCGCGCGCCGCCGCGCCGCCGCUCGUCGACGCCCCGGUGUGUACAUCUACCACCUCAACAUACGCGUCGCCGACCAGGCCGGCACGAUCGGCGCCGGGAGGUUCUCCUCGCUGCUCUGGGACGCCGCGAGUCUCUCGCCGGUGGAGCUGCGCCUCACUCUCCCGCGGAACCUGCAAGUCUCCAGCAUGGAGGUGACACUGCCCACCUUCCACCGCGCCACCUCCAUGGAUCUGCGCGCGCGGGCCCUCCACUUAACCGUGUCCGCAAAGCCAUAUGCGGGCUAUGUCCCCUUCCGCUCGCUGGAGACUCUCCCUCUCGGGAUGCCACAUCGAUCUGGCCACCUUCAUCCCGUUCUGCCCGCGCCUGCGCGUGCUCCAGGUGAACACCACCGGUCUGAUAGACAUGAGCAACAUUACGGUCCACUCCGCGUCGCUGGAGGAGCUCGUCGUGGAGCACGGCAACCGAUGGACCCGCCGUACCCAUGUCAGCGUCGACUCCCCUGUGCUUAAGCAAUUGACAGCGUCCUUCCAUGCCUGUGGCAACAUUGGGGUGUCCAUCUUGGCACCAAUGGUGGACAAGGUCUGGUGGCGGUGCUCGUAUGCCAAGCCGAUUUACGGGCUUGGUCUUUGGGGCCUCUCAGAGGUGGGCUUGAACGCCGAAGAGACACAUGGACAGACCGACUCCGGGAGAGACGCCUGUGUGCAGCUCCCUAGCGUCCAUGUCCUGUCCCUACACAUAUCUGCAGUCCAAGUAUAUAUGUCCCCUAUCCUGCUUCUUCAAUUUAGCGCAAUUGCCGGCGAAACUGAACUUAUCCAGGAUGUCUUGUCGAACUGUUGUUUGUUGUUGCAGGAUUCAGUUAGCUUUCCAAAUGCAGAUCUCACCUUUGCGGCAGAGAUCGAUAAACAUAUGGUUACCAACUUCUCUGGUCUGGACCUACAUCUCAGCACCAAGGGCCAUGUGUUUGGAGCUUUUGUACAUGUUCAGCCAAUAAGUUCGAGGUACAUUUUUUUUAGAGGUUCGAGCCUAAGAACUGGAGAACAGAAACUAUCACCUUGGCUGAUCUUGAGAACAUGGAAAUUGAAGGCGUCGGCGGGGAAGAUCACGAGUUUGAUUUCUUGAAAGUGAUAUUUAGAUGUGCUCCAAUGCUUAAACAGUGACUGUGAGGCUGACCGAUGGUGUCACUCCAAGUGUCGAUUGGUGCACAAAAGUAACCAACAUCUUCAUGGCAUAUCCUUCCGUCGAAUGCAAUGCUGAUCUGGUAAGCAGGGCCAAAGCAGUGUGUUGACAUGAUUAUCUGCGGAUUAAGGGUGCUCAUUAACAAGAUCGUCCUCUCCCACGCCGACCAACUACUAUCUGCUUUCAGGAUCUUGCUUAAUGGCUUCAAUCUAUGCUACCUCCUGUUGUUUUGCCACUGUAGUGGAGCUACAGACUUGAAGUGGUGCAGUCUCUGAUGUAAUUCCUAGCAUGGUUUCUAUUGCCUUCAAAUGUGGUACUGACUCCUUU